AGCAAACCUAACCAUAAAUAAAUAUCUAAUUUUGUCUGAAUCGUCCAGCCACUCGUACCAGUUCCUUUUUUACCCGGAAGCUGCGGUAAAAUACAUCGUGAUUAAUCAAGUCAACAGUUUGCAAACGUGAGGUUGUCGUGGGAUGAUGAGAGAAGAGGUCCGGUUUCAAGUUUUGUUCGCUUAUUACAGCAAUUAUGGCAUUUUACCGAAGAUGAAGGCCCAUUUUAAAAAGUGUGAAUUUUCCAGUUAAUGUUAAAUAAAUGGGAUACGUGAUGUUGGAUUUUUUCUCGCUAGUUUUUACAAUUGUGCUUCAUUUUCCUUUCUUUGCCCAUAAUCUGCUUAAAGGCGCAGGACUACCAGCGAACAAGAAAGGAAAAAGACGUUCAGAAGAUAUUCUCGUGCCUGUGAUUGUUUUCGGUAUAAUAUUGUUUCUUCGAUCUUAUUUUACAUUCAUCGUGUUCAGUUAUUACCGCGAACUGAAUGACUCAGUGAGUGAUUUGGAAACAUCUCCUGAAAUAAGUGAAGAAUCUCUAACUCCUAAUAUAGAUAACGGUACAACUAAAAGAUCGACGAUAAGAUCUGCAUACGUAUUAGUGAACGAUACUUGAAUAGCUUUAGAUGUCCAUGCAUUUAGAAAUAAAUCGUUGUGUAGCCGAAUCAGAGUACAUACCUAAAUGUAACCUACCAAAUAAACAACUGAAGUAUGAUAAUGAAAAAUUUUA